UCUGCGCGCACGACUCUCUCCUCCGCAGUGCACUGCUGGACAGCGCUGAGUGCGGAAUACAGGACAGCAUAGGCGCGCAUCCGCGAGCGAAGGGACGCGCUUCCGUAUAGUCCUGAAGUCCCGACAGCAGUCAUGCACGACACCAGCACCUGCAUGGACCUAAUAUGAACUGUCGGAGGGCUGAUGUGCACUUCAUGACUCACACUUACAGAUAUACAGUUUAAGAAGGAAGGAAAUUAUCAGACAUGGAGACCUUGAUGUGGAUCUUGAUUUGUGGAGCGCUGGGGCUGGUGUUUGGCUCGAAACUAGAGCGAGCUGCAGAAGAAGAGUGUGAAUCUGGGAAGUACACUUUGAGUGGCGAGUGCUGUAUUCAGUGUCCACCAGGAGAGGGAGUGAUCAAAGAGUGUGGGGCCAAACAGACCGAGUGCAGUCAAUGCCUGGACAGUGAGACAUUUUCUGAAGUCUACAGUCACACAGAGGAGUGCCAGGUGUGUAAUGAAUGCACAGGUCUCAUGCGCAUGCAGACCCCAUGCACUGACUCCAACGACGCAGUGUGCGUGUGCAACUACGGCUACUUCAUGGACAGCCUGUCGGGCAAGUGCCAACCCUGCACCGUGUGUCCGAAGGGUCAGGGCGUGAUGAUGCGCUGCGAAUACGAUCACGACACGAUCUGUGAGGAGUGUACAGAUGAAACUUACUCCGAACAAGUCAGCUCACUGGACCCCUGCUUGCCCUGCACCAUUUGCGAAGAGGAGACGGAGACUUUAAUAAGAGAGUGCACACCUACAGCAGAUGCCGUGUGUCAUGAUCCAUACACUCCCACCUAUGUUCCCCCCACCCCUUCCUCAAGUGAGCUGAACCCCUAUUUAACUGAUCUGGAUAUUUUAUGGGGCCCCAGCCCUGGAGGGGACACCACAACACCCAAAACCAGCAACCCUCACUUCAUCGGCAGAGGGCUCAACGAGAACCUGAUCCCCAUCUACUGUUCAAUCCUGGCCGCGGUUGUGGUUGGCCUGCUGGCGUACAUUAUUUUUAAGAGGUGGAACAGCUGCAAGCAAAAUAAACAGGCGGCUAAUAAUCGCGCAGCGACGGCCAAUCAGACGCCAUCUCCAGAGGGAGAGAAGCUGCACAGUGACAGCGGGAUCUCAGUGGACAGCCAGAGUCUGCAGGAGCAGCAGGCACAGACGCAGACACAGGCGCAGGCCCACACACAGCUCCAUGCGGCGGAGCAGAUCGUGGUGCGAGUGGACGGAGGGGUUCAGCCUGACACUCCUCCACCUCAGGCCUAACUGGUGAGGAACAGAAAGUCACGUGACCAAUGAUGAAGGUGGGACGAGAGGUUGGAGUGGAGGAAAUGACAGCAGGAGGAGAAAGGAGGAGCGAAGCCAUAAUGGGUGUUCGGCCAGGGAGGCCAAGACUUUUUUGAACCCAGCACAGACAAUUCUUUGACAGGCCGGGUCAUCUGCACCAAUGGAGAUGUCUUCAACAGUCUGGCCUAAAGUAGCUAGCACUUCAUAAACAUAGCAACCCCAAAGCGAGUUUGCAGUGUAAUGUAUACCGAAGCCCAGUUCAAACCUCAGCAACCACGAACUUGAAUGUUUAAAGUCUACGGGGUUUCGCAAAUGUUUCACCGUGACCCAGUGACACGAACUCUGGAUCUCUUUGGCUUAAGAGAGGAUGUAGAGACGGCCGUCACGAGUUUCACGGAUAUCACGUAAUUUAGCAACUGCACCAUGAUUCCUCCACCCGGGGCCUUUUGCUUGAUUUAAUAAGGAUUUUGUUUUUGCCUUAUCUUUGAAGUAUUAAUAGAUUAUGUCUUUAACAUCAAUGCCUUUUAUUUAAUCAGAACUUUUUCAUUCAGCUCUUUCCAUGUGUGUUUUAAAACUUAGAGAGUGGGCGCGUUAUGCAGUUAGCGCGGAACUGCUGUUUGAAAGCAACUGAUCUCAGGUCAGCGUUUAUGGGCAACAUCUCGCGCCUGUGACAUUUUGCUGACCUUUACUAAAGUAAUGACUCAGAUCUAUACAUAGCUCUGGUUCCUUUUCUCCCUUUCACACUCUCUGCGACAGCCACUUCUUUAUAAAAACACACGCACAUAGCGUGUCAUGUUUCAUGCCUUCCUCUGCUCAUGCUAGUGUAGGUUUCUUUUCGUGAGUGUAGGCUCUUUAAAAAUAAAAUAAAAACAGAGAGAAGAACCGAACUGAGAACUAAAACGCUGACUAACACUGGGAUCAUUACAAAGGAGAACAAAAUACUGAGCUCCACAACCAUUUUCAGACCAUCCAGAGGUAACCGACGUUUGGUAUUCAGGCUGGAAGCGUUAAAGUGUGUGAUCAUUUGUCCUGAAUAGAGAUGGCCAUUAUAAGGAAUUUCCAAAUUCACAUUCCAUUUAACAAUUCUUAUAGUAUUCCUAUUACAUUAGUAUUCCUAUAUACUCAAAAUCACUGAGCCAAUAAUUUUGCCCUAAUGAUCUACUAAACAAAAAUACUAAACAAAAAACAUAUUUUAAUAACAUAUUUUAAUGUUUUUCUUAAAAUUAAAGUACCACUUAUUACUACGAAAUGCUGUUGCAAAUGUGUAUCUUUAAGUACAAAGGCUAUCAUAUAAACUAUGAUUCAGUAAUUAUACUGAUUUAUAAGACCUGACUGGAUAGGAAAUGUUCCUGGGACUCAUUGGCCAAUCAGGAAUAAAUACAGGGCCAAUUCCAGAUGUGGGGCCAAUUAGGAUUCCUCCACUACAUUUUAUAAACCUUUUCCCUCUUAUCAUUCAUUCAUUCAUUGACUCCCACUUUAGUUUGUAAUGAUUCAUUCUCUCUCUUGUUUUUUUGUCACCACGUUUUUUUCUCAGGCUGUUUCUUUGCUAAAUGAUUCAUUCCAUAAAUGCUGAGGAACAGACAUGUGCAUCAGAUGCUGUAAUGUGGUUUGAAUCACACAGCCGUCUCAGCAGUCCAGUGCUGGAAGCACUCAUAUUCAUGUUACAAGAAUGUGAAAGAGAGCCGUUUCACCCCACUGUCCUUGGCCUGGACUAGAUGAAUUACAGGGCAGACCUGUCGCCAAUUCAGCAGAAAAAUAGACACAUAUUAAAUACUUGCAUUAAAGGUGAAGUGUGAUUUCAAUACAGAAGUAUUGUAGCAAUCAACGCAAUUGAAUUACUUUUUUAAAAUAAAUCACGAGAGGUCUAAACAAUGCAAACAUUCGACCCAAAGCCAGAAGUACUAAAAAUAGUUCACUUCUUCCUGUUUUCUUUCCAUCCACUGGGAUAUUACGCUAGUAAAUAGACAUUAGGGAACCAACGUAGAGGGAAUCCACACACACACACAACACCUAAUGGACUGUCUUUCGUUGCAUUCCUAAUGUGCUUACUGCCAGGCUCUGGAAUAAACAUGAGAGGCAUUAGUGAGACAUUCCUGUCAGGCAGCUGGUAAUUACCCCUGAAGGUUUCAGUCUCUCUUCCCCACAGUCGGCUUACUCUCUCGGGGCUCUGUUCUGCUCGGCAUCCCUUCCGUGGAGCUCCUUUCCAUUCUGGGACUGACCGUGCUUUACUGCACUCAGUAAUGCAGUAAUAUUGCUAUCAAUGAUAUAUCUACAGGAAAUCACUGUUUGAUUUGAUUUCAUCAAAUAUUUGAAUUGAAUAAGAAUUUUACAUCUAUAGUUUGAAUAGCCAUCCUAAACUGAUACUGUAGAUAUGUUCUGGAAAUGGCAGAUGGAUUUUAGGUGGUUGGUAGCUGGUUGACAAUGUAGCAUUACCUUAAAGAUGCAGUAGUAAGUUGACCAGCAUGUCACCAACAAAACUUUCCAUCAGGUCCAUUACUUUUGUGGCAGUCACGGACUGAUUUACAAUGGGUUAAUGUAUAGAUCAGUGGAUCUAUACAUUGCUUUUUUGGCAGGAAGGUUGUCGACAUCACGUUUUGUAACGCUUGAGUAGCGUGCAUCUCCCCGACGUAGUGCUUUCUAUUAAAUCACACUGUGCAGAAAAUCGUUGGCUUCUGAAGGUGCUAGCAUGCUAGCGUUUAAUGCGCUUUAUAGGUUCAGAGUUUUCCUCAUGGGGCACUUCACUGAUGUUUUCUCUGAGAUUAGCCUACUUGAGAGAACCUGACAAGAUCAAGAUCAGAUCUCUGUAUCUCGGCAAUCCGGUUGUGUCUAUCCCACGCUUGCAUCUUAAUGCAGAGCAGAUAGGUUAGCAAACAUCAAGUGGUGACAAUAUCGUAGAAAAUCUGAGUGAUUGAUGCUUCUCAGGCACCUGCGUACUGAUAUGAAUUAUAUUCAAAAUAUGGCUAUAUUUUCCUAGAAUGCUAAAUGGAUUGUUUUUCUGAUGUGUUCUGAGAGAUGGAUUGAAAAUACAAGACAUUUAUCACCUGUUUCUAAUAUAACCCAGACGAUUUGUGCUUGGCAUCCAAAGGGCGUCUAAGCAUCAAUCAGCGAGCAUCUAAAACAAUUCAACGAAGGAAAGUAAACAAGUGGAUUGAUUCUUGAUUCAAUUCCCUGGAAUGUGCCAAAGCGUCCAUAAAUAAAAGCCUCUGCCCUUGCAUCAAAAUAUCCACUGAAAUGGUUAUGCAUCUCCACCAAGUGUGUAUCAGAGGAAAGUGAAAGUACCAUUUGCAAUACUAAAACUCUCCACCCGCCUUUAGUAAUUCUUUAUUUUUUAUAAACAGUCGUUUGUAUAAUUUCAAAUAAAUGUAUUCUUUGAAAGCAGUAUUUUAUAGAGACCGCUUACUUUCGUAGCACUUAAAAUAGAUAGCACUCAAUAGUGUCCAUCACCAGAAAGUGCCUGUGGACUAUAUCAGGUAUCUCUGAGCUAUGUUCUGUGUUUAUUGUAUGUGAUAGUUUUCGCCCUUCGUUUUUAUUGUUUUGUUAUGCGAUACAUGUCGAUAAAGAUUACAGUAUGACAGUAUGUCAUUAUCCAGGUAAAAUACAUCCAGGUGAAUUUUAUCUAUUGUCCUGCCUAAAAUAAACAGACACAUACUGUAUAUGAUACACCUGUACUAUAUAAAAAAAAGUUGUAACCCAAAACACAAAAGGUGUCCUAUAAUGUUACUUUUAGUGCUCAUCAGACCAUUCCAUGCAUUCACGUCACAGUGCAAUGUCAUUUAUAAAAUGUUCUGCAUAAUCAUAAAAAGUGGCAAUAUUUCAUAGCGCUGUGUUUCACAAAUAUGUUGAUAUGGAUGACAAGGGAUUGUACAUUAACUGUUAGCUAAAACAGAGAUUAUAUCAUAUGAAGAACCACCACAUGAUGCUUUUGGAAAUCACCCUCCCAUGUUCUCACUAGACCUGACACUUGUGUGUAUGUGAUUCAUGCUGUACAAUGCAUUGUGUACAUUUUACCUGGAGUUGUUAUGACAAACUUAUGUAAACAAGAAAUAAAAGCAUUUAGAAGUCUAUUAAAUAAAACCAAAUACGACUGCUUCAAAA